UGGGCGGAAGGGGGCGGGUUCGGGUGUGUUGUGGUGGCGCCGGCGUUGCGCGGAGGGAGAGGCCCGAAGCCGCGGCGAGAGGCGAGGGAGAGAUUAUGUGAGCUGCUGCUAUAGCCUUCUAACAUCUUACACUGGAUACUCAUGGUAUGUCUGAAGGACAGAUCUUGUGUGUUCUGAAUGUACCAGAUUGUCCUCAUGAGUACUCCUGCGGAGAAUGUCCAUGAUCUUUUUUGCCUGUGUGGUCCGGGUGAGGGAUGGACUUCCCCUCUCAGCCUCCACAGAUUUCCAUUUCAACCAGGACUUUCUGGAAUGCAGAAAGAGAUUGAAGGUGUUAUCCUCAAUUCUGGCUCAGUAUCCAAGUCGAGGCACAGCAAAAGGACGUGACUUGAGCAUACAUUUCCUUUCUUCUGGGGAUAUUGCCUGCAUGGCAAUCUGUUCCAGCACUUACUCAACUGUCAUGGCGUUUUGCUUCCUGGAAGAGCUUCAGUGGGAAUUUGCUGCUUCCUAUGAUAUAACAAGCAUCGGCUUAGCUUCCAGACCAUAUGCUUUUCUUGAAUUUGAUAACAUUAUUCAGAAAGUGAAAUGCCGUUUUAACAGUGCAAAUCGCUCUCAAAUGAAGGACAGCUGGGAGAAAAUUGAGGAGGAGCUGAAGUUCCAGCCCCCGGUUCAGCUGAAACUAGAGGAUACGGAGCUGAUGAAUGGAAUGGCUAAUGGUGGGCAUGCAGAUGUUCAUGUGGAGGUUGUGCCUACUUACAGAAUGCAGCGUGUGACUCCCCUGGGGAUUCUGUCACUUGUUCUGAACAUCAUGUGUGGAGCUUUGAAUCUCAUUCGAGGAGUUCACCUAGCAGACUAUUCAUUUCAGGAGGACCAUGAAGGAAUUGGAAAUGUGAUAGCUUUUUUUCUACCUUUUCUAGCCUGUAUUUUUCAGUGUUACUUAUACCUCUUCUACAGCUCGGCAAGGAAGGUGAAGACAUUUGUACUCCUUUUCUCUGUUUGUUUAUGCAACAUUUACUUGUAUGGAUUACGGAACCUCUGGCAAAUAGCCUUUCACAUAGGAGUGGCAUCUCUUUCUUCUUAUCAGAUAUUGACAAGACAACUUAUGGAAAAACAGCCUGACUGUGGAGUAUGAAAAAAGCUUUAGGUUUGCUAUUCUAUUUUUAUGACUUUUUUUUUUUUAAUUAAACUGGCCAAAAAUUGCUUAGGGUGUUUUUAAAGAUUUGUGACAAUGGUUAUUGCGAGGAGGAUAUUUCAAAGCAAGUUGAAAUAAAGUAGGAUACUGUAAUCGUGUCAAACAUAGGGUGAGGAAUGUAGCUGUAUUUAACAUGGCAUGUGGUAGUUGUGCAUGGUAGGUCUUGUCAGGUGCCAUCAACAGAUGGAGGUUCUCCUUGCCAUAAAUGGGCUUUUACUCCUUGACUAGUACCAUCUAGACAGCAUUUUGCCAUUUGUCUUACUGGCUUUGUAACAGUUUGGCAGGUCAAUGUCUUGCCCUGCCAAUGCUGCUGAAAAUAUUAAACUUGUAUAAUGAAAUGAAGAUAAAGUGGUGGGUAACAUUUUUGUCUAUAGAAUUUGUUAAGCAUUAAGAUACUUGGUAAAUGUAAGUAAAGGAGUAGUUUGCCAUAAUUAGAUGAGUUCAAUAGCAGUGGGAAAAAUUGUUAGGAUGAGCUUCAGGGUAAUUUUUCUAGGUUUUGAAGGAAAGGAAACACUGUGGGUCUUUUAAAAACCAUAAAGGCUAUAAAUAUCUCCUGGCUAAACAGUGCAUCAUAGUUAAGUAUGUGCUCAUUGGUUAAAUGCAAAUAUGCUUGGGGCAGCAUAAAAUAAACCGAAGUGAAUAUAAAUGAUCUUUCAGCUCAAGCAGCAUUUAUUUCCUUGGUUAAGGUCACUCUUAGCGUAAGAGUAAUUCCAUGUUUGCUUGGUCUGUACAGAUAAUAAAUCUCCCAAGCAUACUUAUGACAGGCUACUGACUCCUUCACCUUUUUAUUUAAAAAAAAAAAAAAAGUGUAGCUGGUGGGUAGAAAGCCAUUACCAAUAAUGGAAAGCAAGAGCAGGUUCUCUUUGUUAUAUAAAACACCUUUAGUUAAUGGUGUUGAGUUCUUACACUAUGAUGAAUUUAUGAGUUUGCACUUUUGAAUGCAAGAGCUGAAUAACAUCUGCUGCACUGAGUAUUCUUGUAUGCGAUGUAUUGAGGUGCAUAGGAGCAUUUUAGAACAUACAUGAAUAACGUAGGCUCUCUGUUUAAAAAAAUGCAUAGCAUUUUAAUGUAGCUGUCCUUGAAGGGUUGUAAACAUUCAGACUGAGAAGAUGUAGAGAACUCUUUGGUGUGUUAUUGUGGCAGUAUUGUCCUAGAUUUCCUUUUAUUUUUUUCUUAGGAAACUGUUUUCUAGUCGCCUCAUUUCUUCCACCAGAGAUGUCACCAAAGAUUUAUUUUCCUCUCGCAUAGUUUCUACCUCUAGUGGUUGCAAAGUGAUUAACAUGGUGCAGAGUUGUCUUCCUGAAUUUGCAGAAGUGCUUAACAAAAGUACUUUCUUGCAUCUUAGUGAAUUUUCCUGAAAUCUCAUGAUGCAAAGACAAGUAUCAGUGUGCUGCUGCACCAGAAACCUGUGGUGCUGUACCUCGGAAACACUUCUGUGAUGCAGCUUGACUGCAGCAGCAACAUCGAUAGGCAGAUCGUUACAACCUGAACAGUUUUUAGGACAUCAAGAGAUUUGGUACCAGAGCUUUUUCCACUAGUAAAAUGUAGGUGUUUAUUUUCCACCCCAUAUUAUCCCUUUUACUGUAAGAGUAACAUAAUGAAACUGGGAGGAAUGUCUAGUCUAGUAGGAAUGAUAGAGGAAUAUUUUAGCCAUCCAUUUAAGAGAACAGCUAAUGCUGUGUGCCAUAACGGAAUACUUUUCUGCUAUAAGGGAGUGGAUUAAAGUUAUUUGUUACCCUAGUUUUCUGUCGGAGUGUAAAUGGAGAAACGAAGCCAGAAUUCAACCAUUGUCCUUAAGACACCCAGAUGACCCCAGAGAUGUGAACAGCUUUCAUGCUGUUCAGUCCCAGUUUUACCCGGUAAAAUAUCCUUAGAGACUGCAGGAACCAAGCCAUGAGUCUGGAUUACAAGUUAAAAAAAAAACACCAACAAAAACCAAAAAUCUGAAAAAAGGACAGCCCUCCAAAAAUGCUACUAGUAAUCUAGCACUCUGUUAAAGACACUGGAUCUGAUGACUGAUUGUGUUUUUCAGGAGCAUAAGCUGGGUAUCAGCCCGUUGGGUUACCAUGGGGAAUCAUCCUGUGGGAAAGGAUGAAGCAUUUUAUGCUACAGAUAGACAAGACUUUAUGAAAAGACCUUAGUGAUAUGACCCAACUCCCUGCUCCUACCUUUUUAGCCUCAGUCUGGCUAAAAUGUCCAGAAGAGCUUUACUGUUCCUCUGAAGGCUUGGAUAGCGUUCACCUGCUAUAGCUUAAGGCAGGCAGAGCAUUUUUAACUGGGGUGUUGGGCCAACGAACUAUUAUAUGCUUUCUAUUUCUCAUCCUUGUAUUGAGCUGAUUGGAAAAGACUGUGAUGUUCCAAUGCUUCCCCAGCAUCUGUUUGCUUUAUCAUAAACCAAAUACAUCCUCAUGCCAGGUGAUGUUAGCAAUAGCUCUGCAAUAAGAGUGGUACAACAAAGUGUUUAGGUAGCUUGUGUAUUUAACAUAGAGCAGAUAAAUUCAGGUUUUGUUUAAUAUUUUCUUUUUCCUGAAAAUGAUUUUGAUAAAAUCAGACAAAAGCAGUUGGUUCAGUUCUGCCUUUGUGUAAUUUUGGGUUUUUGCUUUGUGGAUUAGAUGGAUGAUGUGACUAGAUUUUUAUUUUUUUUUCUACUAAAUGAACUAAGCUCUGGUUUGCUGUUAGUCUUAAUCCCUUUGCAACCUCAUUUUUUGUUUGUUUGCUUGUUUUCCUGUAUUAUGUGUAAACCAUAUUAAGGAAUCUACAUGGAUUAAUAUGUGUGCGUUUAUGCACUUUGUAGGUUUGGGUUGUGAUUCCAGGAUGAGGCAGAACAUCUACAGUUUGAUCUAUUUUGAUUUUUUCAUUUUAAUGGUAGUACUUAAAAUGGCUCCUACAUCUCUGUGGUAUUUAUACAGUUAAACAUUUUCUUCUGGUGAAACGGCAAGAGAAACAGAAGAGUUUACAUGGAUCUGAGUUCUUUAAGAUUUAAUAAAAAAGAAUGACUUGCAGUUUGAGUACAUGAAAUCUGACUCAUAACUUGGGAUUAUGCCUGUACCAAAUCAAAUCCCCAAACAGGAAUCCAUCCCUUUUUGUUCAACUUUAAACUGUUUAAUGUUGUUUGAAUUGCAUCUUCUUAAUUCUGUCAGUUUUCAAGAUAAGUCUUUUUGAAACUUUUCCUCACCCAGCAGCUCAGCACAAGAACAUCGGCAAAGAAUAAACUUCAUUAAUUUAAAGAUUUGCAGUGCUUAGUCACUUUAUGAAGCUGAUUCUUUUCUGUGUGACUUCUUUCUUUCUUUCUUUUUAAUUUCUCCCAAAGACCUGUUAAGUUUGUAGAAGGUGGGCUGGUUCCUUUUUAGACAUUUUUGCACUGUAUUAAUAACUGAACCUGUGUAAAUGUGUAUAAAAUCGUUUUGCAUGUAUAUGUAUAUAUGUACAUAUAUCUAAUAAAUGGCUUUUUUGUAAUGGUUGUCUUCACUUACAGUUUUGAAAUAAGUGAUUAUAUUAGAAACAAGGUUGAAUGGCUGUUUCAUUUUUGUAUGCAUCUUUAGUGUUUUAUGUGGCAGUGUUCAAAAUAUUUUAAAAAUAAGCUCAGUUCUUCUCUUUAACAAAGAGCUUCAAAAUCAGAGUGAUUUUAAAUGCUGCCACAGUGCAUCCUGUAUGUAGUCUCUUACAGAAGGAAGUAUGUGUUGGAACUCAGGGUGUCUUUGAGGCCGUGUGCUUUCUGAUACCUGUUAGUUAGGAUUUUUGUUCAGCCAUCUGCACACUGGAAAGUGACUGAUCCAUCAGCUGAACUAUAUAAAUAUGUUUAUAAAUGUGUCUAUAGAAAUUGCUUCUCCAGGCAACAAUUUGGCUUAUGCUGUGAUAUAAUCUCUUUGUAGCUUUAACAGUCUUGCUUUUAACUUUCAGACACCAUAUUAUAGAGGCUUUUCCUGCAAAACUUGCAUUUUGAAGUGUGCGAAGUAAGAUAUAACACAGUCCUGUAAGUCUUUUUCCAGCUGCCUGGCAAUGAAUAGUGGGGAUUUUGCAGAUUAAUGUUAGAUUUUUAGCUUGGUCUCUUAAUGGAACUAGGCCUAUUAGUUAGUGCAACUAGUCAGUUCCUACUAAGAGUUUGUGGACUCUUUUUUGGCCAAUUUCAUCCUCCUUUGAUAAUGGCUCUGAAGACGGCAAUUCAUCAGGAUUUAUAGAAAUGAAUGGCCUGAUGUGGCAGAACAUUCAGCUUUCCCACCAUCUGAAUUUAAUAGGUUCAGGUGUCAGGAGAUGCACUUUGAGAGAGCAAUGCUUUGAACAGCAGCACUCAUAGAGGACCCUGCCUAAUCAGGGACCAAAGAGUUGGGUAAAAAUCAAAAAGCCAGAAGAAACCAGGCUUGUGGAACUACUGCUCCCUGAUCCUCCACAGGAAUGAUCAGCAGUAAAAGCAAAACAUGGUGGGUAAAGGGCUGUGUUCUUCCACUGGUUUCCAAUGUGUAAAAAGUGAAAUCUUUUCUAAUCUGAGGCUUAUUCUUUAUCAAGGAAGGCAGUUGUGGGUAAAGUGGAUCUGGGAGAACUGCAAAUCCUUUAGUAUUAUUCUUCUGCUUUAAAGAUCUGUCCCACUCUCUGCCUUGACUUGGCCUUUUAGCCUUGGAGCUUGCUGGGCUGCAGGCUUGCGGCAUGGAAAUGUCAGCAGUAGGUUCGAGAUACAGUGCUGCAGCACUCACUGCUGCACUCAAAGGAGACAGAGGAGCCUGUGUGUGCCCCUGUGAUGAGGCAAGAAGCAGAGCAAUGGGUUGUGCAGACAGUAGGUGAUGAUAAGCAAAAGCUGAUGAUGGGGGAGGAAGGAGAGUGUCUUAUUGUUCCAAACUGCUUUGCUCUUUGAAAUCUGGAUGUUAUUUUUGUUCUGUAAAUAAAUGAUUGCUCAAAGCGUGUUUCUUCUCAAGAUGCUGAUAGAGGAGAACAGCAGCCUUUCCCUUUUUUUUUUCCUAAGGUGAGGAGAGAAAGCAAUUAUAACUCCCUUUCCCUUUUGAAGAUGCUGAUAAAAGGAGGUGGGAGGAUCAGAGGGUCCCUGUGCCAAAAGAGGAACAACUCCUAAGGUCAUAGAAAUACAUGUUUUUAUUUUAAACAAAGUAACUCAACUUCUGCCGUGUGCUGUCUUUCAAAUGUGACCUAAUUGCAUGUGAAAACUGUUUGUGGGGAGGAAGGAAACAGUAGCCUCAAGAAAAAGAGCAACUCCAUCUUCAAAUGUGUUACCUCCUCAUGAUUCUCAGUUCUUGUGUCCAAAGCCACUCUUGGAGCAAGCUCAAAAGAGGUCAGGCAGGAGGAGGGGACAGUUGAACAGUCUCUUCCCAGUGAUGUUUGCUUUUAAAAGUUGAUCUUAGCCUCAUUCUUAACCCCAGUAGUGAGGUGCCUCUGCUGAGGAUGCGGGCUGAAGGGGUCAGAGGCUUUAUUCCACUCCUGCUGGCUUUUACGGGUACCUCACAGUUGUCCGCAAAUAAACCUCUACUAAAGGUAUCGCCUUUUGGAGAAUAUUCUGGAAAGAAGCAAUAUCAUGUCUGUAGGAAGAGAAGGUGUGUUUGAGCUCCCUGGGGGAGUGGGAGUUAAUCCUCUUGCCCUCACUCUUUCUUUUCCAAAAGGCUUAAUAAAGUGAUAUUUUUAAAUUCAA